UCCUGGUUGUGGUUGGAUCUGAACAAACCCGGAUACUACUCCCACAGAGAAGACCACGAACAAGAGGACAAUUCAACCUCCUCUUCUGCUCACCUCUCAUUCUGAUCCCCUUCGUCAUUUUCCAUCAUUCCAGUUUCAAUGCUAUGGCUACGCUCGUCGUCUCCCUCCUGUGAUCCUCUUCUUCGUCAACUCUAGGUAGCUUUCCUCCCGCUCUUUUUCUCCCCAACAUGGGCAUUUGGAUUUGCGUCCGAUUCCUUCAAUUUUUCGUCAAUUUCUUAUGCACUCACUCCCCAACUAUACUGUCACUCCGGAUCUAGACUCAGUCCUUCUUAUCAUCAUCCAUCAUGUGAUUGAUUCAUUCAUGUUGUUGUUGGGUGUGUUGGAAGUUCAACUCUUUCUUCGCAGCCAUGGUGUUUAACUCUUUUGCCAAUUUCAUUUAUUCCCUCUCGAUUCGUUGGUCUAGCCCCCAGGGCGGUUCGGUUAUCUCCCCUCCCAAAUCUGCCGCCUUCGCAUUUGCUCACACCGCCCGCAACAAGAAUCUCCUCAGACUCUCGUCGUCUCUCCAGGACUUCUCCUCUUAUAGCCAGGUUGAUAUCGAAGAUCCCAAUAUCGCAACGGUCGCACAUUCCAAGCCUCCUCCUCACUCGCUGCAGAGAGAAGCUGCGGCUGCCUCCAGCUUCUCCAAGGAGAAAUCGCUGCCAGGUGGAGGGGGAGCGGCGUUUUCGCGCAGCAAGUGUGUUCGGGUAUUCUUGUGUCUUUGCUGUGUGCUGUUGGUUGGUUUUUUUGUUUAUUUGGUUUCCAUGUUGGCUUAUUCUUACUGGUUUAGAAGAGAGCCGAAAUACUAUGUUGUGCUUGAUUCCGGGAGUACUGGGACUAGAGUUUAUGUGUAUCAGGCAUAUGCAGACGAUGAUAAAGGAAGCAGUUUUCCGAUUGUGAUGAAGUCGUUGACGGGAGGGGUUCAGAGAAAGCCGAAUGCACGCACCGGGCGAGCUUAUGAUCGGAUGGAAACUGAGCCUGGGCUGGACAAGUUGGUGCACAAUGUUUCAGGAUUGAAGGCUGCAAUAAAACCACUGGUUCAAUGGGCAGAGAAGCAAAUUCCAAGGGAUGCACAUAAGAGGACCUCGCUGUUUUUAUAUGCAACUGCAGGGGUUCGGAGGCUGCCGAGUAAUGAUUCAGGAUGGAUUCUUGAUAAGGCAUGGUCGAUACUCAAGAGUUCGCCUUUCUUGUGCCAAAGAGACGGGGUUAGGACUAUCAGUGGCCUAGAAGAAGCUUACUUUGGCUGGAUAGCCCUUAACCAUAAUAGGGGUAUGUUUGGGGCUGGACCGAGAAAGCCAACAUUUGGUUCCCUUGAUUUGGGUGGUUCGUCACUGCAGGUUACAUUUGAGAGUAAUGAAUAUGUGCAAAAAGACACCAGUUUGAACAUUAGAAUUGGGACUGUGAACCAUCAUCUCACUGCAUAUUCUCUUGCCGGUUAUGGUUUAAAUGAUGCAUUUGACAAGUCUGUGGGCCGUCUCUUCGCUAGGCUUCCAGAAGUCGAUAAGACAGAACUAGUAAAUGGGAAGGGAGAACUUAAGCAUCCGUGCUUGCAGACGGGGUACAAGGAGAAAUAUAUUUGCUCUCAAUGUGUUUCGAAAAUCCAGGAAGAUGGAAGCCCCUUGAUUGCAAAAACGAAUUUGGUCAAAGGAGGAAGGGCAGGGGUUUCUCUGAAGCUCAUUGGUGCUCCAAAUUGGGAGGAGUGUGGUAAGCUAGCAAGAGUUGCUGUUAAUUUAUCAGAAUGGUCCAAUAUAACUCCUGCAAUCGAUUGUGACGUGCAACCUUGUGCUCUUCAAGAUGGUUUGCCCCGACCUUCUGGAAACUUUUAUGCCAUUUCUGGAUUUUUUGUGGUUUACCGGUUUUUUAAUUUGACUUCUGAUUCAUCACUUGAUGAUGUGUUGGAGAAGGGUAGGCUGUUUUGUGAAAGAAGUUGGGAUGCGGCAAAGAAGAGUGUUGCUCCACAGCCUUUCAUUGAACAGUACUGUUUUAGGGCACCAUACAUUGUGUUCUUGCUGAGGGAGGGCUUGCACAUUAUAGACAAUCAAAUCACCAUUGGUUCUGGAAGUAUCACAUGGACACAGGGGGUUGCUCUGCUAGAAGCUGGAAAGACCCUUUCAAUUGGACUGGGGUUUCGCAGUUACGAAAUACUCCAGAUGAAAAUAAAUCCAAUAUUUCUUCUCUUGGUUUUGUUUAUAUCAUUGGUUUUACUCCUUUGUGCAUUAUCAUGCAUUGGCAAUGGGAUGCCAAAAAUUUUCUGGAGGCCGUAUCUCCCGCUGUUUAUGACCAAUAGUGCCUCUUCUGCAUCUGUUAUUCCUUCUCCUUUCCGGUUCCAGCGCUGGAGUCCUAUUAUUUCUGGGGAUGGAAGAGUAAAGGCGCCUCUAAGUCCAACAAUUGCAGGUGGUGUUCAACAAAGACCAUUCGGAUUGGGACAUGGUCUCAACAACAGUGGUGGCAUCCAACUAAUGGAGUCUUCCUUGUACCCAUCAAGUAGCAGUAUAUCCCAUAGUUAUUCGUCAAAUAGCCUGGGCCAGAUGCAAUUCGACAGCAGUAGCAUGGGCUCCUUCUGGACUCCUCACAGAUCUCAGAUGCGUCUUCAAAGCAGGCGAUCACAAUCUCGAGAAGACCUAAAUUCUUCUCUUACUGAGGCACACAUGACAAAAGUUUAAGACAUGGUCAUCUGCAAAUUUUUGAUUGUUUUGCAGGGGAGCUGACUAUUUAACAAGGCUGCAUGUCCAUGGGAUCUGGGGUCAUGGUGACCACCGUGCUUGAAGGAUUGUGGAUUACUUGGUACCAUAAUCACUUUGGACCCCCGGCCCUUACGUUCGAUCAGGGAUGCGUAAUCUGCCAAGCUAUACAUGAGGCAUCUCUGCUCGAGCUCAUCAUUCUGAUCUGAAUCUGCCUGAUGUGAUCAGGAAUCCAACAAUGUUAACUUUCCAACACUAUACGUAUAUGUUUCACAGUAUUAAUUCACAUUAGCAGUCAAUUAACACAAACUUCCUUGUUUUAUCAGUUAGCAAAUGUUAACAUGAUAAAUGAUGAAAGAUGAUUAUAGCAAGGUGUACAAAUAGCCUCUUACAGAUUCAGACGGUGUUCAAAUAAUAUCAAAA